AUAUAUAAUUAUAUAUAAUCCGUACAAUUUGACGGUCGCUUUAAUCAAAUAUAAUCAAAUUCAAUCUGCCGUACGAAAUAAGAGAUUCCAAAUGGAUUACAUUAAUUGUCUCGUGACACCACUCGACGAAUCAUUAUCUCAUAUGCCAAGCGUGAUGGAUAAUUUUGAAGAUGCAAAGUGCGGGAAAUUAUUGCAAAUUACUGAAUUUCAUCGUGAUGAUAGUGGAAUACUGGACGAUGACUUGACAGAUGAUCAGGAUACAUGUUACUAUCCCAAUUGCGAUGAUUCGAUAUGGAUGAGGAGUUGUGAGAAGGAAGUGAUCGAGCCUCUCCGAUCGAGCAAAAUCGUCGGUAGCAUCCCCUCGUGGUUGACCGGCACCCUGUUGCGGAAUGGUCCGGGUAAUCUGAAAGUGGGCGAACAUCGUUAUCAACAUCUGUUCGACAGUUCUGCCCUGUUACAUAAAUUUCGUAUCACAAAUGGAAAAGUCACCUAUCAGCGACGAUUCGUUCAAACAGAAGUAUAUAAGAGAAACAUGACUGCUCAAAGGAUAGUUUUCACUGAAUUUGGUACUUGCGCGACGCCGGAUCCUUGUCACAGUAUUUUUCACAGAGUGUCCACUAUGUUCAAAGCAGAUGAAAUGUCAGACAAUUCUAUGAUCACGGUGUAUCCUUUCGGUGAUGAAUAUUAUACAUUCGCGGAAGCUCCAAUAAUACAUAGAAUUGAUCCAAAAACUUUAGAAACAACAGGCAAGGUAAACGUGUCGAAAUAUGUUAACAUCGUAAAUCAUACUUCACAUCCUCAUGUUAUGGCCGAUGGUACGGUUUACAAUGUAGGAUUAAGUUUAACGUCAUUAGGACCUCGAUACAACGUCGUAUGCUUUUAUCCUCCACGCACGACGAUUGAUGAUUCCGGAGAGAAGAAAAAACUGUCCAUGUUCGAUCAAGCAACAAUUGUAGCCAGCGUACCGAGCAGGUGGCUGCUGAAUCCAUCGUACAUGCACACUUUCGGCAUCACCGACAAUUACUUCAUCAUUGUGGAACAACCGUUGGCGAUCUCCUUCAUCGGAAUGGCGUUUAAUCGCAUAAAGAAAGAACCAAUGAUAAAUUCUUUCAAAUGGCACGAAAACGAAAACACGCUCAUUCAUGUGCUCUCGAGGAAAACUGGUGAACUGGUCAAAACUUUUGUCGCGGAGACAUUUUUCUACCUUCACAUCAUCAAUCAGUUCGAGACCCGCGACAAGGAAUACGUCGUGCUCGACAUAUGCUGUUAUCGGGAUCCGAAGAUGUUGGAGUACAUGUAUAUUGAUGCAAUGAAGAAUAUGCACGAAGACCCCGACUUCGGCAAACUAUUUCGCGCCAGACCGUUGCGUUUCAUCCUUCCGAUGAGGGAACUGCAGCCUAACAUAUCGUCGCAGUACAAUCUCAUUAUGAUUAGAAAGAUGCAUCAGAAGUUACAGCUAUUCCAGGAUGUGAUUAAUAUCAAUACGGAAAUUGUCGGUGAUACAGACGAGUACAGUGAUAAAUCCAGAUGCUGGCGAGACGAGCGUGGAAGCGUUCUACGAAGAAAGCCGGCCGCUCACUUGGUUCCCGAUGGUAGAAUCUUCGUAAAACCGGAGCUCCUCUGCGAUGUCGGUUGUGAGACUCCACGGAUAAAUGCUGAUUCCCAUCUUGGUAAGGAGUAUCGAUACUUUUAUGCGAUCUCCUGCGACUUGGACUUGGACAAUCCCGGAACACUGAUCAAAGUCGAUACUUACCAAAAGACUAAGAAAACGUGGGAAGAAAAAGGUGUUUAUCCUAGUGAACCAAUUUUCGUGCCGGAUCCGAACGGAAAGAACGAGGACGAUGGUGUGGUUGUAAGCUCUAUGGUGUGGGCGGAAGAGGAGACUAGGGUCGGUCUAUUAAUCUUGGAUGCUGUGACAUUUACGGAAGUCGCGAGAGCUACUUUUGACACGUCUGGGCCAGUGCCUAAAUGUUUGCACGGUUGGUUCAGCCUGGACAAAUAAUUAAAGAGGAUACAAAAGGAUUAACAAAAGGAUUGUCGACUAUACACAUACAAAUGUUAUUUGAUUAGAAGAUUCUUUCUUUCUUUAAAAGGUCUUUAUUAAAAUGUUUAAAGUUGCAACAUAGCAACUUUAGCAAAUUAUUUGUCCUCGUAAAUGUGAUUAUCUUUCCGAAGAUAUGUAUAUGACAAGUGUUGAACAUAACGUAUAUAUAUGUACGUGAAAAUAAUUAUUGUGUCGUAGAUUGAAA